AUGCGACCUAUGUUGAAGAAAACAAAAGAAAUCAAGGCACUUCAUCAUUUAGUUUUGAAGUUAUCUCUUACGCUACUUCCCCUUUUUGGUUGUGGAUUGGUGGGGACUGGGCCUUCGCAUGGUGGAUGGUGGGGGCACUGCAAAAGAGAUUAUUUUGGACAUGUAAAUUUAAUGUACUUAAAGAACAUGGCGGAAAUGGGUAAUGGAAGUCAUCCUUUUGGAAAACUUAUCCAGGAGAAAUUAUUUGUGCGUGCUUUGCUGUUUGUUUUCUAUGUUUUGAGUGGGAUUUGUUUACUGAAAGCAACUUGA